UGUACCAUCGCUAUGAACUACUAUCCUCGAACUUGUAAACAACAAAAAGCCAAUUCAUCUAGUGACCAUUUGGAGCUGCCCGACUGUUUGAAGCUAUUUCACCCACUGGCUACUGUCACCACCCCACAUUGAUCCGUUCCGAAAUGGAAUCGCCCAGCGCUCGAACACUCGGCAAUUCCCCGGGCGAUGACAGCGGCAACGGGAAUGGAAACGGGAAUGGAAAUGGAAGUGGGAACGGAAACACCACGAUGAUGCCGCAUGGAAUCUACCAUGAGCGACAGACUCGCCACCUGUGCGGCCUCCACGCCCUGAACAAUCUGUUCCAGGGGCUCGACAUGUUCUCCAAAUCGGAACUGGACGACUACUGCACCACACUGACCCCGCGCAACUGGCUGAAUCCGCAUCGAUCGUGGAUCGGUUGGGGCAACUACGACGUCAAUGUGAUCAUGUACGCACUGCAGCAGCGGAAUUGCGAGGCGAUGUGGUUCGACCGCCGGCGGGAUCCACGCUGUCUCAAUCUGAGCGCCAUUUUCGGCUUCAUUCUUAAUGUGCCGGCCCAGAUGAGCCUGGGCUACUACAUUCCGCUGCCCUUCCAGAUGCGCCACUGGCUGGCACUGCGUCGCUUGAACGGCAGCUACUACAAUCUGGACUCCAAGCUGCGCGAGCCCAAGUGCCUGGGCAACGAGGAGCAGUUCCUCGAGUUUCUGGCCACCCAACUGCAGAUGGAUCACGAGCUAUUCCUUGUGCUGGAAGUGGAGACGGACUGCAAGGAUAAGUGCCGGCAACGUUGGCUGCUGCCGCAGUUCAGGGACUAAUGUUAUGGUUAGCACUCCAUAUAAAGCUAACAUUGGAGCACCAUUAGUUAUUGUACCAAUUAUUUAAUGAAACUAACCAAAAAGUGCCCUACACUAUGCAAGUUAAACAUUUACCAAUUCGCACUGCAAGUGGAUGCCACCAAAUUAUGUUUGUAGUUUAAUAAAAGCGACAAGAAUAAUUCACA